GCCGGCCCAGACCCUGCAGUGCGCAGGCGUGGAGCUUUCUCCUUGUCAGUCGGCGCCGCGUGGGAUCUUGUGGCUUUGUAGCAGCGGCGGAGGCAGCGGCGGCGGCGGCUGGUCUUCGGCACGAUGAGCGGCUUCAGCAGCGAGGAGCGCGCCGCGCCCUUCACCCUUGAGUACCGAGUCUUCCUCAAAAAUGAAAAAGGACAGUAUAUAUCUCCAUUUCAUGAUAUUCCAAUUUAUGCAGAUAAGGAUGUGUUCCACAUGGUAGUUGAAGUACCACGCUGGUCGAAUGCAAAAAUGGAGAUUGCUACAAAGGACCCUUUAAACCCAAUUAAACAAGAUGUGAAAAAAGGAAAACUCCGUUAUGUUGCAAAUUUGUUCCCUUAUAAAGGAUAUAUCUGGAACUAUGGUGCCAUCCCUCAGACUUGGGAAGACCCAGGACACAAUGACAAACACACUGGCUGUUGUGGUGACAAUGACCCAAUUGAUGUGUGUGAAAUUGGAAGCAAGGUAUGUGCAAGAGGAGAAAUAAUCAGGGUGAAAAUUCUCGGAAUAUUGGCUAUGAUUGAUGAAGGGGAAACCGACUGGAAAGUCAUUGCCAUUAAUGUGGAGGAUCCUGAUGCAGCCAAUUAUAACGAUAUUAAUGAUGUCAAGCGGCUGAAACCUGGCUACCUGGAAGCUACUGUGGACUGGUUUAGAAGGUACAAGGUUCCUGAUGGGAAACCUGAGAACCAGUUUGCUUUCAAUGCAGAAUUUAAAGAUAAGGACUUUGCAGUUGAUAUUAUUAAAAGCACUCAUGACUAUUGGAGAGCACUAGUGACUAAGAAAACUGAUGGAAAAGGAAUCAGUUGCAUGAAUACCACUGUGUCUGAGAGCCCCUUCCAGUGUGACCCUGAUGCUGCCAAAGCCAUUGUGGAUUCUUUACCACCACCAUGUGAAUCUGCCUGCACAAUACCAACAGAUGUGGAUAAGUGGUUCCAUCACCAGAAAAACUAAGGGAAUUUCUCUGGAAUACAAGCUGAUAUUGCUGCAUCUUAUUUGUCUGAAAGCAUUAGAUGUAAAAGUAGUAGCUUUAAAUUUAUAGAACUAAUCUAAUUAAAUUCUUCUGUGACCAAUCCAAUAUAGUCAUAAUGUUACCCAUCUAAAAACAUUUUUCAUAUCUUAAGUAAGAAGACUUUUAGUACAUGCUUAAAUAUCAAGGCAAUUGUAGUUUGGAAGUCAUCUGUGAAUAAAUGUGCAAGAUAAUUACAUAUUGGAUGUAUAUGUUUGCCAUGUGUUAGUAAAUAAAACUAUUUUGCUGAAA